AUGGAGUCUCCAUUCCAUUCGGAGCACCAAGGCUAUCAGUUCAGCGCUCUCCCUUUCGUUGCCUCUGUCUCUGAAUUCAUUGAGUGGAAGGCUUGUAGAGAACAAAGGCCUUCAGAUGAUUCCGAUUAUAUUCAGAAGAACAGGAAGGAGAACAAGGAACUCUUGACGAAUAUGGAUGUGUCACAUUCCAUCAAGGGGGAGACCACUGGCAUCUCCUCCAAGGCCAUGAGCAUCAUGAACUCCUUUGUCAACGACAUCUUCGAGCGCAUUGCCGGCAAGGCCUCCUGCCUGGCGCACUACAACAAGUGCUCCACCAUCACUUCUCGGGAGAUCCAGACCGCCGUCCGCCUCCUGCUUCCCGGGGAGCUGGCCAAGCACGCCGUCUCGGAGGGCACCAAGGCCGUCACCAAGUACACCAGCUCCAAGUAGACUCCCAAUGGAGACC